AAGAAGAAGAAGAAGUCCUGACGUCGUUGCGUCAACAGGAAACCGGCCGUAAACAGCAUCACGCUAACGUUAAUUAUCUCGGUUAUGUUUUGUCUGUGUUAUUGUCAUAAACACGAAUUAGCAAAAAGUUUAUAUCAUACCGACCUUUGUGUCUCCCAACAAGGCUGUUAGCUGAGUGUAGCUAACGUGAGCUAGCAGCCGGCGCGGUAGCUGUGGCCAAAAUGGAUGAUAGCAAGACGUUGGCUGGCAAAGUGAAGAAGCCGGGGAAACGUGGCCGUAAACCUGCAAAGAUCGACCUCAAGGCCAAACUGGAGCGAAGCCGGCAGAGUGCCAGAGAGUGCAGAGCAAGGAAGAAACUGAGGUACCAGUAUCUGGAGGAACUGGUUUCCAGUAAGGAGAGAGCCAUCUGUGCCCUGCGAGAGGAACUAGAGAUGUACAAACAGUGGUGUUCUGCCAUGGAUCAGGGGAAGAUCCCGUCGGAGAUUAAAGCUCUGCUGACUGGAGACGACCAGAAGAUGCCUCAAGGAGGCAGCGGCACCAAGUUGAACAAGAACAACAAGAACAGUAUCAGCAGCAAUGGUCAGGGUUAGAGUGGCGGUCGGGGGAAGCCUCCGACUGUGAUGGAGCUGGAGCAGUCGUUUCUGCACAACACUAGUUUUGCUCUCUCGCUGGGACGCUGGCCUAGCUACGGGGGCACAGCCUCUAGUUUCUACACUUCCUGCUUGUUCCAGUGUCACUUCUUGCAUUUGACAGUUGUUUCACAGACACAUGAAUGCACCUUCGUGUGUUUCAUUUGAGCUGUGCUCCAGCUGUUUUCAGCCAUCGGUCCCUCAGGGUGUCGGAAGUAGUUUCUGUCCGACAGUCUGUCCACAUUGUCACUGGACUUGAGUGUUUUGUCCCUGAUCAAGUUAGCUGAGCCUGAUCUGAUCCUUUUAUUGAGUUCCUGAAUACAUCUGCAUGUGACACAGUCAACCAGUUUCUCACAAGCUGCUGGCUGCAGCAAACAAGCACAGUAAAGAACCGAUCAGAUCAGACUUCAGCUUAGUACAAAGUAAAUACACCUGGAUCAGCCUGAUGCAGAGACAAGUUGCAAACAAUGAUAACGCAGUUUAGAGGAGCUCGACUUGAGCUUAGUAGGCUCCAUCUGUUCUGACUGGGGUUACUGUCGAACCAUUUGAACAUGUAAUUUUGACAAAGAAUGUGUUACGGUCAGUUGGACCCGGUUGUGACAUGUGUUGGUAUUCCAGGGUAUUUCUACAUUUUAUUAGAAUAUAAGAGUUUACUGCUGUUUUCCCAGAUGUUUUACUGACUGUGUUGAGAUACUAAAACAUGUUUCACCACAAUAUCACCUGCAACCUGACCCUCACCUGCAUCAUCUCACGUCACCUACUGUGGCCUGAAAAACAGUUUUAGACUCAAAGUUCUGAUUUAUUUUCAGGCCGGAGUCGUGUUUCCAUCACUGUCAACACAGUUGCCAUCUUUAUUAAUAUGAUUUUGUUUAGUUUGCAUUGCAAAAGGAGGUUCAUGCCCCGUUUAAUCAGUUUCCUCCAUAGUGUCAGUAGUUGUCAUGUUUGAUUUGUUUUUCCUUCCAAGAUGAGGCAGAAACAGAAAAAGUUGAGGAACAUGUGUGUAAAGAGUGAAUUUCCAUUCUUCAGUACAAAACACCAAAUGUUGAACUCUCACUUCAGUUUUCAUGAUGCAGCAUCCUCAGACUGCUGCCAUCCUUUAUUGAUUAGAACUGUUUUGUACUGAAAUUGUUUCAUAAAAACUUUGAAACUCCUUUUCCAAACACAGUGAACUCAGACCUUCAUUUUUUAUUCUCUCACCUUGGCUGUUUUUCUUUUGAGUAUCCUGUAAAGUACAGUAUAUAUAUAGAAUGUGUGAUUUUAUUAUUGCAUCAUAGUUUUUUGUGAACUCAUUUCUAGGUUGGCCUACAGUCGAAACAUCUCCCCUGUCAGAAACAUUCACACUUUCCUUUUAGAACAAACAACACAGGCUUCGAGUCCAGCUCCUCUUUUAACUCAGAUCAUUAGAACUCCUUAGAGCGAUACUGGAUUCAUAGAAACUGUUCUAAAAAUAUGUCAUUUCACAUUCUGUCUACUGGUUUCUGACCCGGGACUGACUGACGGGCCUUGUGUAAGAAAAUGAAAGGUCUUUGACCCCCUGAUGAAGCCAGAAUGAAUCGUGGUGCAGUUACAUUGUUAUACAAGUGUACUAUAUAUUUGUAAAAUGUGGACGUAAAAACGUAAAAAAGGCUUCGAGGUUGUGUCGUCCAGGCUGAUCUGAUCCGGGCUGGAUGUGUCAGUUAUCUGAGCAGAACCAGUUGGACUUCCCUUUGUCUCUUUGAGGUGAGAGCUUCUCCUGUGAUGGUCAGUUCUACACAGACUGGCCACAACUGCUCAUUGUCUGUCUUAUAUUAACCACUGUAAAAUGUAUGGUUUCUUCUUUCUGCUGACUGCGAAUGUUGAUGUUGCCCAUUGUUUUUGUUUCUGAGCAACAUGUUUGAAGCUCUUUUCAAUGUGCACACUUUCUCAACUGUGGUAGAAGCACUUUGUUAGAUGAUGAUGCCAGGUCAAGGCUUUGAAGCAAAGUAUGAACCGAACCCUGCUCUUUGUGCUUCUGAAAGAAAAUAAAGUGAUGUCAGAGUCUG